ACAAGCCUUCAACAGCCCACAAAUAAUCUCUACCAAACUAUCACCUCCGUUUAACAUGACAGCAAGACAAAUUCAGCAAACAGUAUAACUGUUGACUUGGUCUGACUCACUGGAUAUGGACAGUGAAUAUUAGCCUGCCAAUUCUGCCACACUUUUAAUGUGACUUUCUCCUCUUCUUCUGCUGCUUUUGAGUUACUGUUUACAAAAUCCCUUUUCCUUGAAAAAACAGCAAAAAGAUAAACUUCGGAGCAGUAGCUUACAUACUAAAAAUAUCAGCCGUGGGAGUGAAUUAGCCGUUUAAUGACAACACUUGUCUCCCUGCAUGCAAACGUUCCAGCAAAACAUGUUCCCCCAUCGCUACUUUUGUGGGACAUCAUUGCUGCAUCUUGAGCUGAGCAUUGCCCGAGAUGAUUUUGAUUGGUUAAAAAGCAGAGAAAGAAACAGGCAAGAGUGUUUUUACCCUCCUGAAGCAGAAUGAUGUUGAGGUGCAGUCAGACCAUUCCACACAGCGCUGUGUAGAAUGGUCUGUUGCUUAUCUGAAAACAUUUAAACAAAACGUCAAGCCAACCUAAAUACGUUUGAUGCAUCAUGUAGAUGUGUAGAUUUACAGAUGUGAAGACAUCUUCUUAAUGUGGAAUAUAGACAAGAUGGUGUUCUUGCAACCAAUGUUGUUGUUAGUCUUUCAAAAGAAGGAAAAUUGCUUCCUUCAUGACUUAUAAAAAAUUAAAAAUAGACUGAGUUUCUGGGGAAAGUCACUAUCUGGUCAUGAGAGAUAGUCUUCAAGACAUAAAGGUCGACUGAAAUUUGCUACUGAUCACAUGUACAAUUCUGGGUGAAAAAAGAAAAGGCCUUCUGGAGGAAAGUACAGACAAAAAUAAAGCCAAAUGAUAUAUUUAAUGACCAGAAAUAUGUUUGGAGGAGAGAAGGUGAGGCCUUCAACCCAAAGAACACCAAACCUACCACCAAGCAUGGUGGUGGCAGUAUCAUGCUCUGUGGAACUGGAGCUUUACACAAGAUAAAUUGAAUAAUGAAGAAGGAGGAUUACCUCCACAUUCUUCAGAAGGUUGAUCUUGGACGCAGUUGAAUGUUUCAACAAGACAAUGAGCCCAAACACGCUUCACACGUGGUAAAGAAAUGGUUCAAUCAGGCUAAAAUGAAGAUUCUAGACUGACUGAACCAAGUGUCCUGACUUUAACCUCACCAAGAACCUGUGGACUGAUGAAGAAACAAGUCUGAGUCAGAAAGACAACAAAUUUAGUUAAACUGCACCAAUUCUGUCCAGCGGGGUCAAAGAUAAACCAGAAGCUUGUAGACAGAAACCAAAAGAACCAAACUGAGAGAAAAAUGAUUAAAGGACAUUUAACUAAAUAUUGGCAUUUCUGUCUGUAUGUUUUUGACCCUGUCAGUUUUGCCAUAUUUUCAGAAGAACUGUAAAUCAAAAUGAUUUUCUGUUGUGAAAAAGGUUCGUGUUUGAAAGAUUCAAUCAUAGAAAAUUAAGAGUUACAGAAGUCAUUGGAAACUCAGGACAGUUGUGAUUUACAUGAUCUUUGCAAGUGCAUGUAAACCUUUGUACAGAAUUGUAUUUGUUUUAUUGAUGCCAGAGCAAUAUUUAAACGUGUUGCUGUUGUACUGUGACUUGUGCUUACACUUGUUGACAUUAACAAAAGGCUAAUAGAAUAUUUUGUCAUAUUUUUCACGAUGUUGGAUCACUGUAAUGUGUCAUCUGUUAGAUUAAGAUGCUUUAACACCUGGAAUUCUUUAAACUGGGGUGACAGAUUUGUUCAUUUUCACUCUGUAAAUCUGCUAAUACAAUAAAAUACAUGGACUGUAACUCCUCUGCUAGGACUGGUUUGACGUUCUAACCCAUAUAUCUUGUUGUCAGUAAUAUCAUUACUAUCAUAUAUCAUUAAUAUCAUUAAUUAUCAUUAAUAUCAUAUAUUUCAGUUACCCCAUGACCUUCCUUUUGUAUAGAUUCACCACUGCUUGACCAAUCUGACGAUUAAAGAUACUGCUGCUAAAAGUACUUAAAUAGAUCAGUCUGGUUUCCUUGUGAAGCAAUGAGGAACGGAAACGACAAGAGCUAAACAUCACGCCUCUAAAAAUGUCAACACCACAAACAUGUUGGUUUUGUCACGUUAUUUGACUCUCAACAAGAUCAAUGCAGCCAAUACCUUGUAAGAAAUCUUACUUUCAAACCAACUGAACAAGACGUUUAAAGUUCUAAUAUACUCGCUGAGAUACUCUGAGCUGGCGUAUGUUUUCUAUUGUGGGUCUGCUCGCUGUUUGAACUGUUGCAUGUGUUGAGACAAAAGCAGAAUCAGUCAUGUAAGUGCACUUCCUUGUUCGACGACCCGAGAGUUUGAGGUGCCCCAGCUCAGUGUUGGUUCUCUUUAUAUCAAUACAAUCUACUGAGCAGCAGCAGUUGUUCUGUCUGAAACCAGGAUGGCUGCAUUGAAACUCGGCUUUCUUCUGUUUCUGCCACUGACUGUGUCCUCAGAUGGUGGAGUGACUCGUGAGAAGACCGUUGGGAAUAAACCAGAUGUUACUCCAAUAUGCAGCAAUGAGACCCUGAAUAUCAUCACGCUGAUAGUUUGUAAGAUCACAACAGAGAGGAACGGAGAAGAGUGUCGUCUGCUGUAUCAACAUGGACACGACUUUGAACAUGGAUGUGGCUCUGGAUUCAGACUGAUUAAAGAAAACCAGACUGUAUUUCUCCAUCUGAGCAGUUUAACACCAGCUGAUAGUGGAAACUACACCUGUGAGUGUUCACAUCCUGCAGGAACAGAUAUUUUCCAUCUCAUUGUCACAGUGGAAGAUUUUGAGGAUGAAUCUCAAAAUCACCAUAAUGAGGCACAAACGAUGACUCAUCGUGCUUUGAUCAGUGGAUCUGUGUUCAUCACAGCAGCUUUAAUUCUAUCAGGAUUUCUAUACAGAAGACAUCGCCAUGGAAAACAGCCUGAAUCACCAAGCCAUCAUCCAAACCUGGUUCCACAGGACAUUGAGCCGUACAGCACCUUCAUACGGACAGGAAGUGGACUCUAUUCCACUGUCAAAUUACAGCCACACAUCUGAGAAAGCUUUGUAGAACUGAGGCGUAUAAUGUUCUUUCAAGAGAGCUUUAGUCCACAAGGUGGCUCCGUUUGAUCAUGUGAAAUAUAUGAACGCUUUAUUCAUCUGCAAAUGCAAAUAGUGUAUUUUUGUGGGGUUUUUUGUAUACAGCAAUAAUCGGAAUCAACUAAUUGUCUGAUAAAUAAGUGAUUAAAAUACAGCUAGUUAUUAUUGUAUUGAUUUUAUCUGAAACAAAUAUGUUUUAUAUCAUCUUAAAGGCAGAUUCUUAAUGUGUUCUAGCUACAGUUAGCAGACAAAAUGUUUUGUGCAAAAGAUUUGUUGGUGAACUUCAAUGUGAAUGCAGGUUUUUAAUAUUGUUGCAGCAAAGGAGUUGAGUUUUUACUGUAAACGUUCAGUUACACCCCUGCUGUGUUGGGCUGUUCAUCUUUGCUAGAACAGAAAAAACAUUCAGAUAUUUUAAAUAUUUUGUUUUUAUUAAUUAUGAAAUUUUUUCACCCUACACAUGAGAGUAAAGUGACACGUAACACUUUAAAAGCCCUCGUUUUUAUUGUGGUGCCUCUUGUGUAAAACUGCAACUGACCACUAGGUGUCACUAAAACUUUUUCUAAUAGUUUAGUUAUAGUUAAGAAAAACACUUGACCAGUUCACCAUAGAAACUAUCUGAAGAUUACUGUCAAAGGUUAAUAUCUGGCUUAAAUUAUGUAUCUUGAAUUGGUUCAUGUUGACUUAUUUUUGAAAUGCAUAAAUUAUUUUUAAAAAUACCAAAACAAAUAGUGAAUCUAUUCUAAUAUCUAGAUAUCUAAUCUAAUGUAAAAUUAUUUUCAAAAUCUGUAUCUUUGAAUAACCAU